AUGUCUGAACUAUUUAUGGAAUGUGAGGAAGAAGAGCUGGAGCCAUGGCAGAGAGCAGCUCCAGAGCAGAUAGAGGAGGAAGAGGACGAUGAUGACGAGCCCAUUUUUGUUGGAGUAGUGGCAAAAAAAGAAAAAGAGGUUCCGCCUAUUCCUCCAAUUGACAAUGUGGAAAAGUACGUGGUCAACUCUGCUCCUCCUACACCAACACCAGUGUCGCCCGUGGCCCCUUCUUCUAUAAUGUUACCAUUAAAAAUAUCUGGAAAUGCCGCCAGUGCUCCGAGAACUAAUAUCCGGACAGUGACUCCCCAGCCUGUGAUUGUCAAUAAUCAGGGCUUCAUCGUGACGCCUCCGUUAACCAGCAACAAUGACUUGGUUGCCACUCUUGGGAAGCACUAUCCUCCGGGGACAAAAUUUACCAUUAUACCAGCCCCUCAGUCGCAACAGCUUAUCCAGCAUGUCACUCCAGUCACUGCGAUACCCGGUGUCGUCCAUCGGCCUCAUGUGCAGCAGAUCCAAAACAAUGUUGUGACAUUGGCUAACGUGCAGAGCCCCACUGUUUAUACAGCCAAACCCCAGCUCCUGCAAGUCAACCAGGGCACCUCUCUGCAGACCAUCUCCUUGCCUGUUAAAGCUAACAAAGAGACUGUGAAGCGGGUGGUGCCACCAAAUCAAAUGGACACUGAUGCAAAGAGAUUCAAAGCUGACGUUUCUUUUCCUGUCGGACAAGGAAACACUCCUGGUUCAUUGGAAAAUGGAGAAGCAAAGAGAAAAUGCCCAAAUUGUAAUGAAGAUUUCAUUCAAUUGAAUCGUCAUUUGGCUAGUUGCAAGGCUAGAACUGAAGGUGGCGCUGUGUCUCCACCAGCUGAUAACGCUGUCUUGAAUAAACGCAUCAUGUUAGUGUCUGACUUCUACUAUGGCCGUUUUGAGGGCAAUUGUCCGAAAGUGUCUGCACCGAGGAGCGAUAUCACUUUCAAGUGUCAGAGCUGCUUGAAAGUUCUCAAGAGCAACAUCAAGUUCAUGAACCACAUGAAGCACCACCUGGAGCUGGAGAAGCAGAGCAAUGAAAGCCUGGAGUGCCACACAACUUGCCAGCAUUGCUACCGCCAGUACAUGACUCCAUUUCAGCUGCAGUGCCAUAUCGAAAGCGCUCACAGUCCCAUCGAAUCUUCUACUAAUUGCAAGAUAUGUGAGCUUGCGUUUGAGUCUGAGCAAGUCCUCCUUGAGCACAUGAAAGACAACCACAAGCCUGGGGAGAUGCCGUAUGUCUGUCAGGUGUGCAACUACAGAUCUUCCUUUUUCUCGGAGGUGGAGACACAUUUCCGAAGUGUCCAUGUUAACACGAAAAACCUGCUGUGCCCUUUUUGUCUCAGAGUCCUGAGAAGUAGUCAGAGGUACAUGCAACACUUCAUGAAACAUCAGAGAAAAGGCAUCCAUCGCUGUGGAAAAUGUCGACUCAAUUUCCUUACCCACAAAGAUAGACUAGACCACAGGGCACAGGUCCACAAGACUUUCAGAAAGCCUUUAGUUCUGGAGGGCCUGCCUGCAGGGACAAAGGUGACCAUUCGAGCCUCACUCAGUGGCAAAAAGACCUCCAUUUCGAGUUUGUUGGAUCCAUCUGCUAUAAUUUUCACUCCUGAAAUGCUAAGCAACAACACAAAAACCAAACCAACUGGCGGUUGUGGGAAAUCCAAGCGAAACAGCUCUGAAGUAGGAAAGGCCAAGACAACUCAAAAGAAGAAAGGGCAUGCUACUACCAAUUGUAACAUGUCACUCAAAAGCCUAAGUGUAAACGGAGGUUGUUACACCUGCAUCGAGUGCAACAACAAAGUCGAUGAGUUCUUUUCCCACUUCCUGUUUUCCUCCGUUUGUGGCGCAUGCACUUAUCGUACGAGUUGCAAAAUUGCAAUUGGAAAUCACAUGAUAAGAUAUCACAGCAUGGUCAACAAGAGCAGAUUUUCCAAAGUGGACCAUAAGAAACAUUCAUCUGCAAUGAAAUUAACUCUGGUGUGUCUCAACUGUGACCUCCUGGUAGACGCGUCAGGCGGUGACGUAAUGAGCAAACAUUUGAAUGAAAGACCAAAUCAUGUAUGCAAAGUCAUUGAGGAGAAAGGUCUCAAAGCUUCAACUGGAGUCCAAGACUCCAGUGAUUCUAUCCAAAUGAAAAGGAAGGAACUACUCCCCCAGCUAAAGGAAGCACAGGAAAGAGGAGAAAUUGCCAUCCUGAGACAUGACCAACUGAUCAUUCUAACCCCCUUAACACCACAACAGAGCAAAACAGAGACAUCAGAAGAAGGCUCUUCAAAGCUCUUCACAGUUGUAAAAGAAUUACCAACAGAAACUUCCUCAAAACCUGAGCAAUUUGAAAAGACUGAAGACUUAUCCCCCGUGACGGUUGAACAUCCUCCACCUGAACCCGUGUUGCAGGCUUCUGUUGAAGAUUCUCCUGAAAAAAAUGCAACGGUGUCCGGCUCCUCCGCCGUAGAAGUGCCUCCCGGAAGUACGUCAGCUCUGCCCUGCUCAAUAGCUGCUGAAGAUUCCCUAGAAGAAAAUGCAACAGUGUCCGGCUCCUCAGCCGUUGAAGUGUCUCCCGGAAGUACGUCAGCUCUGCCCUGCCCAGUAGCUGCUGAAGAUUCCCUAGAAGAAAAUGCAACUGUGUCCGGCUCCUCAGCCGUUGAAGUGUCUUCCGGAGGUACGUCAGCUCUACCCUGCUCAGUAGCUGCUGAAGAUUCCCUAGAAGAAAAUGCAACGGUGUCCGGCUCCUCAGCCGUUGAAGUGUCUCCCAGAGGUACGUCAGCUCUGCCCUGCUCAGUAGCUGCUGAAGAUACCCUAGAAGAAAAUGUAACGGUGUCCAGCUCCUCAGCCGUUGAAGUGUCUCCCGGAGGUACGUCAGCUCUGCCCUGCUCAAUAGCUGCUGAAGAUUCCCUAGAAGAAAAUGCAUCACGGUCUGACUCCUCUCCUUCUUGCACGCCAGAAGGCUUUGAGGAUGUUAAACCAAUUGAAGACACUAAAAACCCUGUUUCUCCGAUUCUAUCUCUUACUGAGUAG